UCAAAAUCGCCUCCCUGUUCGAGCUCCAUCGGCGGGGUUUCAUCCACCAUUCGAAACUUUUGUGACAAAAUCAGAAACUUUGAAUUCCCUUCUCCCGAUUCGAACAUUCUCUCUCUCUCUCUACUUUGUCUCGAGAUCUGAUGAUGCCGGCGAUCAUGAAUCCGAUCAAUCUCCAGAAUCCUCUAUGAGCAAUCCGAAAAGCCUGCGCGCAACCCGAUUCGGAAGCGUUCUCCCAUGGCGGCGCCGAGGAGCGUGAUCGUGGACACGGCGAGGCUGCCGAGAGACGAAGAGGCUGCCAUGGGGGAGGACUCUCCCACCGGGAAGAAACCUAAGUCGGAGAGGUUCCCGCUGUCGCGGGGAGAGCUCGCGGUGUUCGUCGGCGUCUUCUUCUUCUUCACCACGGGACUGUUCUGGAUAUACAAGACAAUGCCCGCCGCUGAGUACGGCAAAAUCAAGCUCCCCCGCACGCUUUCGGAUCUUCGCGUGCUCAAAGAUGAUCUCUCAACAUAUGCUAAAGAGUACCCAGCAAAGUUCAUUCUUGGUUACUGCGCAACUUACAUCUUCAUGCAAACUUUCAUGAUUCCUGGAACAAUCUUCAUGUCCUUGCUCGCUGGAGCUCUUUUUGGUGUCAUAAGAGGCCUUUUCCUAGUUGUCUUCAAUUCCACAGCCGGAGCAUCUUCCUGCUUUUUUUUGUCCAAAUUGAUAGGAAAACCAUUAGUUAGUUGGUUGUGGCCUGAGAAGUUGAGGUUUUUCCAAGGAGAGAUAGCAAAGCGUCGGGAAAAGUUGCUGAAUUAUAUGUUAUUUCUGAGGAUAACUCCAACAUUGCCCAACCUUUUUAUCAAUUUGGCUUCUCCAAUUGUUGAUAUACCCUUUCAUGUUUUCUUUUUGGCAACAGUAAUUGGUCUUCUUCCAGCCUCUUUGAUAACUGUCAGAGCUGGCCUUGCUCUUGGAGAUCUUAAGUCAGUUAAAGACCUAUACGAUGUGAAAACUUUGAUGGUGCUGUUCCUGAUCGGGUUGCUUAUUAUAAUCCCCACGCUCUUCAAGAGAAAACGAACUUAUGAAUGAGCGAUAAGCCCCCUGUGAAAUGCCUUUGGAAACUGCCAAUCUACCGGGGAUUGCCGAGACUGGGAGGAACUGAAGAUCCAGUGGCUUAAGUCUCAAUCAACUUUGUUAAAGUUCGGCUAAAAGGCAGCUCUUAACCUCAUCUUGUGACCCACAAGUUGACUACAGUCCCCCACACUUAUAGCAAUACAAAUUAAACCCGGACGUAAAGUUGUAACUUGUACUGCUCUUCUUAUGUGUCUGUUCAACAAUAUAUGAUUGCGAGGUAUAAUGUGGCAAUUGGAGCCCUCACAUUUUUAGCCAAGGUUCACUGUUUUACUCCUUUUCGAUCUGGGAUGAUACUAAGAAUUGUAGUUUAUCCGAUGCAUUGGUAGUGAAUUAUAAGAUGAUACCAUUAUGAUCUCCGCGAAAACAGUGGACAUGCACCAGUGCCUCCUCCAGUUGAUUUAUUUCACCAUUCUUUUCCCUUA